ACCCAAAAUGGAGACGCGGAAAGGAGGCGCGCUUAUUUCCUCCCCUCUCGGCAACAAAAAAAACACCCCACGGCUAAACUGUUCUCGCGAGCUGACGCUCCUUUCGCGGAGGCUUCCCGCCUUUUCCAGCGGGGCGAGCGGGCGGGAGAGAGCGACCCCGCCGGGCAGAAGCGGAAGGCGGCAGCCCCUUCCCCUCAGCGGCGACGGCCUGCUUCCGUCUCCAUGGCGACGAGCCGCCUCGGCCAACCGCGAGCCGCUUCCGCUGACGUCGCCGCCGACACGUGGAUCCAAGAUGGCGGCGUCUGGGGUGCUGGUGAGUGGGGAGGCCGGGGAGCCUCCUUCCCCUCGCGCUGUCUCGCGGCCGCCGGGGGCUCCGAGGGCCCCUUUCCGGGGCGGGGGUCGCUUCGCCUCGCGGGCCCAGACCCCUCCCCGGCCCUUUUCGGUGGGGAGGGGGUGUGAGGGGUGGAGAUGAGGGGGCCUUGUUGGCGCGCCUGGCGGGACCCUCCUGAGGUGACACGCGCACCCCAGAGAAACCCCUCACCAAACCCCCCAAGUCGCCGGCGAAGGCGCCGGGCGCUCCCUCCGAAGGUCUCCCCGGGAGACGCGAGGCCGUGAGGGAGCCCGGCAGAGGCGUCCCCGGCUGUUGCUGCUCUCGCUUUGGGCCACCCGACGAGCAGCAAGCCCUGAGGGCUCGCCUCGGUCUUUGCGCCCCUUCCUUGCAGGGGGUGGGCUGGAUGACCCUCGGGGUCCCUCCCAGCCCCGCGGUUCAACGGCGCGUCCGCUUGUUGUUGCUCCGGAGUAAGAUCCCGCGUGGCGGUCCUGCGACUUGAUUGAUUUGCGUUAGAUGGUCUUGGUGAAUUGAAAAAACCAACAAGACAUUGCGAUCUCUUUAACGUCGAACACGGUAGCGUACAAAUGACGCCAGUGGCAAUGAAUUCAUCCAAGCAAUGCACAAAAAAGGCGUAGUAAUUCGAAAUGAUCUUCUGUUGCAACUGUUUCAAAAAUCAAUGAGUAGCAAUGCUUUGUCGCCUGUUUUGUGAGGUCUGCCUGAGAAGCGGUGUAUAAAUCAGUGCUGGUGGCACUAACAGACUCAAAAGCCGAAAAGGUGGAAACUGCAACCGGAACCAGAUGUCAGCUACUGAUGGGACAUUAUUUUUCCCAUCCUUGCUAGCUGUAUUUUGUAACAUGCCUUGCUGGUUCACUGUGUUCCGUGUGCAACUGGAUUCCAGUCUCAAAUCUCACAUUCUCCAUAGAGCUCUUGUUUUACACAGCCAGAUUGGGCCAGGAAUGAUGCUGUUGUCCAUGGGUAGGCAAACUAAGGCCGGGGGGCUGGAUCCGGCCCAAUCGCCUUCUAAAUCUGGCCCGCAGAUGGUCUGGGAAUGAGUGUGUUUUUACAUGAGUAGAAUGUGCCCUUUUAUUUAAAAUGCAUCUCUGGGGUAUUUGUUGGGCAUAGGAAUUCGUUCAUAUUUUUUUCCCUAAAAAAUGUAGUCUGGCCCCCCACAAGGUCUGAGGGACAGUGCACCAGCCCCUUGCUGAAAAAGUUUGCUGACCCCUGCUGUAGUGCCUCUAAAGAGGUUGCCAUUUUCAAGGACUCCUGCUGUGUUUAGACAGCUGUGGUCCAGCUUUCAGGAAGUUGUUGGGGGUGGGUGACCAACCUAAGAUUGUGUUCCUGUCUCGAGGAAAAUUACUGGUGAAUUUGCUCUGAAUCGAGAUUGUGUUCUGGAUCCCAUGUUGCAGGGACUCCUUGCACAGCCUGAGACAAAGUUUGUGUCCUUUGUCAACCUUCUGUUUGCAUUCAGAGCUUUCUUGCAACACACCUGGAGGCAGAGAGUAGCAUCACUUCCUUUUCUGUAUGCUAACAACCAGAAGCAGUGAGUUUCGGUGCACUGCACACCAAAGCUCUGCCAUAAACUUGAUAAGAAUCACACAGGCUGGAGCAGCUUAACGGGCUCAGUCACGGCAGUGGAAUUUUGUUGGGCAGGGCACCUUGUGGUCAUUUGAUGAUCUCAAGGUUGAGUCCACAUGUCUAAAGGCAAACAGUUUUGUGUCACAGUUUUUCUAGUGCUGAUGCUUGUCUUCUGUACUCUUAACUUGCAGAACAUGUUGUUUCUGCAAGGAGGAUGAUACUCAGCGAUGAUGUGAGAAGGUGUAGAGAGUUCUUAUCUCAUUCCCUUUCUGCAGAGGAUUAUCUCUGUGGGAAGGAGGAGAGGAGGCCUUAUUCCUAUUAAUGCAAGGCCAGAAGCUCCAGCACCCUUUUCACCGCAUAGGCUGGCCAUAUACUUUGGGAAAGACAGCAGCUCAGUGAUAUAUUUGCUUGGAACAUGGAGUUUCCUGAUUGGUUGAUCCGUCUGUCCAUUUCCAUGAACAUGCCUAAUUCACUUUUGAAGCCAUCCAAAUUAUUCAUUAUUAUUAUUUACUGAAUUUCUAUACUGCCCUUCAUCUGAAGAUCAUCAGGCGAUUCACAACAUAAAAAUAAAAAAUGAGAACACAAAAUACAUAAUAAAGCAAACAAAAGUGACAACCCCACGCUCACAAACACAUUUAAAAGGCCAUAGAAUGGUUAAUCAGCCAAAGCCCUGGUUACAGAGAAACAUUUCUACCUCAUCUCUAAAGAUAUGGAAUGAUGGCACCAGGGAGAGCCACUGCAGAAAAGACCCAUUCUUGUGUUGCCACCCUCCAGACCUCUUGUGGAAGAGGCACACAGAGAAGUGUCUCAGAAGAUGAGCUCAGGGUCCAAGUUGGUUCAUAUUUUGAGAGGCAUUCCAUGAGGUAUUGCUGUCCUGAGCCGUUUAAGGCUCUAUAGGUCAAAACCAACACUUUUAGUUGGGCCUGGAAAAUAAUUGGCAGCCAGUCCAGUCCAGCCAGGAUCUUGUGACCAUCUCCUCACCUUGUGACAGCAGAUGCUAUAAAUUAACUAUGCAUAGUGUGAAAGGGCACUCUUUUAUCUGCCCUGAAUCUCCUGCCAGUUUCAUUAAGUUACCUCUGCCCACCUUCUCCGCACAAUGCUUACUGGUGUCCAGCUUUUGUGAACUUGGUACGAGGAGGUGAGCACAAGGAGAAAUUGCCAAGGGAGAUUCUGUGCAUCGGUUUUCGCAACAGUUUAGAAAGCCCCAUUGGAACUUACGGUACAUCUCAGUAAACUUGCCUAGGAUUGCCUUUGCUUCAGAGAGCAGGACAAUAUGUGGAAACUGUGAGGGAGCAGAUAUAGGUUAAAUGAAACAGUAAAAACUGUUUGGCAGUGGAACCUUUGGGUAGGUGUGGAUCUCUUUUCCUGGAAAUGUAAACAGGCUGGGCAUCAGUCAGUGAGGCUGUAGAUGCAAUAUUUUUUGUACUGGGCCAGGAGUUGGACUAGAUGCUCUUUGAGGCUUCUCCCAACUCUGAAAUUAUAUUAUUCUUACUCUGUACUUUGAGACCUGAGUCUCAUCUCUUCCUUCCCUACCACACCCUCAAAUUUUCUUACCUAGUUACAUUAGCCUCUUGAGUUGUGAUGUUUGCAUAGUUUUUAACUGUCCUGGUUUUGGAGAAGGGCGGGUUUAUUUUAUUUAUAAAAAUACACAUAGCCUAAAAAUGCUAUAUAUGGUUGAGACUUUUAGGCUGUUAUUCGUAAAACAAGUGACUGCUCUACAGCACCAACCUAAGGCUCACCUCUGUUGUCUUGCUUCCACUGCUGUUCCCCUGCCUCCCCUUUGUCUUCAAUUUUUUAUAUAUAUAUAGUUUUUGAACCCUGUUUUGGUUUUGAGCCCUGCAUUUACGUUGGACACAAUCAGUGAACAACUUUGCCUCACAUUCUGUUGAAUGAAUGUGACUUAAGCAAGAGCUUACUUCUGCUUCAAAUGCAGCUGUUUCUCACACUUGCUGAAGAGCUCCUUAAUUCUGACACUUGCUCAACCACCCAAGUGUGGCCUAGAAAGGUUGCUGACCCUGGUAAUAGAUAGGCUGGUUCGUUAGGAACAUAAGAAGAACACAGGAAACGGAGUCAGACUGGUGGUUCAUCUAGCUCAGUAUUUCCUACACUGACUGGCAGUAGUGGUUCUCCAGGGUUUCAGGCAGGGAACUAUUCCCAGCCCUACCUGAAGAUGCGGAGAAUUGAACCAGGCAUCUUCUGCAUGCAAGGCCAGUGCUUUACCACUAAGCUCCUGCCCUUCUCAGUUACGGUUGUAGUUGAUUUAUAGAAGUGGCUGCCAGUGUGUUUUGUAAAAAGGGUAUUUUGCGAUUCUUGCUUGGUUUUGAUUUCUAAAGUUUUGGGCAGGAGUUGCUGUCUAUCCUCUGCUGCUUUUCAAGACUGUGUGUGUGUGUGUGUGUGUGCGCACGCACACACAGUGCACCACUUGAUGUGUCAGUAUGUCUUUAAGUACUUUUUUAUUUAGUUUCAUUCAGUUGCACAUUUUUAACACUCCUUACAAUACAUUCAAAUUAUAACUGUUUUCAAUACUGUGUGUGUGUAUUCCUUUUUCUUAUCCUUGUGACCUAUCUCCACCACAUUACAGCUUCUAUUGUGUUGUGAAUAUUGUUUUUAUUUUUAUCCAUAAAAUAUCUAUCCAUAUUUUAGCUGUACGAAAUGUAAUCAAUGCAUAUCAAUGGUUUUGUUUCGGGGCAAUGUUUUGUCAUAUAUUCUUUCACACAUUCCCAUUCUUUCCUAAAUUUCUGAUUUGAUUGAUAUCUAAUAGCUGCUGUCAUUCUGGCCAAUUUUACGAAUUCACAUACCUUAUUUUGCCAAUCCGCUUUUGAUGGGACUAUGUCCCCUUUCCAAUUUUUAGCUAUUAGUAUUCUGGCUGCAGCUGUGGCAUAUAAAAACACUUUUUUCUUGUCGUUAGGGAUAUCUAUUGAUAAGAUACCUAAUAGAAACGCUUCUGGGGUUUGUUUUUUUUCAAAUGAUGUUUUGAACAUCUUUUUCAGUUCUUCAUGUAUAGUACUCCAGAAUUUUUUUGUUUUUUCACAUCCCCACCAUACAUGAUACAUCGUUCCUUCUACCAUAUUGCACCUCCAGCAAGUGUUAGAUUUUAAUUUAUAGAUCUUAGCUAGUUUAGUGGGAGUCAUGUACCACCUGUACACCAUCUUCAUGAGAUUUUCUCUUAUUGUAUAAGAGGCAGUGAAUCUUAUGUCUUGUUUCCACAGUUUCCCCCAUUGUUCCAUCUGGAUGGGGUGGCCAAUAUCUGGGCUCACUUGUGUCCAGAUCUGUGAGGGUAGCUGAGCGACCGUUCUCUAGUGCAAUGUCUGAAGAUGAGAGUCAUGUUGUUUACGGAUACAUGUCAACUGUGCCUUCUUUGUACUAGAGGAAUUAGUUACUAGAUCAGUCAUCUGGGUCUCUCCUCUCCUAGUCAUCCUGGAGUUGAAAUUGUGAAGAAAUUGACUUUUGUAAGAAUGGGUUGGUGGUGUGUCACUUAGAAGCAGGAGUUGGAAACAAAGGCCUUAGUGGACUUGUAGGCCACAAACCCUUUAUUCGGAUGAGACCCUUCAGUUGGACCUGUGAUGAUGCCUCUUACCCGUUGCAGGUGAGAUGUUUGUGUGCCCAGAAGCUUUUAACUUUUGUGUGGCUGGAAUCCAGCCAACUGUACAAAGGCAAGAGCCCACCCUGUCUCAUAGCCCCUUGAAAGUUGCCCACAGGGGAAUGUGGCCAUUGGUUUCGUCUACCUUGCUUUAAAGUCUGUAGUUUGAGAUGUUGAUCUAUGUGAUGGAUUUGUUGCUGUACUACAGGCUUCCUCAAUCUCGGCCCUCCAGAUGUUUUGAGACUACAAUUCCCAUCAUCCCUGACCACUGGUCCUGCUAGCUAGGGAUCAUGGGAGUUGUAGGCCAAAAACAUCUGGAGGGCCGAGGUUGAGGAAGCCUGCUGUACCAUUUGAGCCUGCAAGUGGGUGAACAAAAUGUUGGAAAGUGUGUGUGUGUGAAAUGCUGUAGUCCAAUGACACAUAAUCACAUGGUUCUUUCUCUGCUUUAGCUCGCACUUAUAAGUAAUAGUCAUUCCGCAAGUGUGUAUGAGAGAGAAAGUACUCGGGGAAGGAGGUUUAAGGCAGCAGUGGGGAAUCUCUACCCUAAAGGCCUGCUUAGGCCCACGAGGCCAUUUCUCCCGAACCUCAGCUGGUUGCCCAACACAUGAGAUACGGGACUUGCUGUUGUCAGGGGAAGUUCAGCAAGUGGAUCCUAGAGAGGAGGCCUUCUCAGUGGUGGCACCCCACUUAUGGAAUAGCCUACCCAGAGAGGCUCACCUGGUGCCCUCUGCAUGGUCUUUUCAGCAUCUUUUUAUUGCCUAGGCAUUUUAAAACAAACCCAGGGCUUCUUAAAUUAACUGCGUUCUUGGUCCUCGAGUAUGCUUUGCAGCUGAGCUGAAAAUAUGUUUUGUUCUAAUUUUUUACUGAUCUUUUUUCAGUUACUGCACUUUUAAAUACUACUUGCUUUUUGUCUUGUAAACUAGAGAAUUUUAGUGAUUUUAAUGAUGGAUGAAUGUAUAAUUUGAAUAAAUAAAGGAUGUUGAAAUGGGUGGACUGGAUUGCUGCCCCCCUAAACUCGAGAGUUGCAUUCUUAUUGGAAAGAAGGCAGAGAGAGUAGUGGUGGAUGAGAGAGCUUCGCACUGACUUCAAUACCCUGCAUUUCUUAAGGGUUUCUCUUUCCUCGAGAAUGGAAAGUUUUCUGUCUCCAGUAAGACAGGUUCCAGCUUCCUGACCUGGCCCUACACCUGAUAGGCUUAGAUUUGUUGCCUUCUGCGUGAGGCCUCAUGAUUGGUCUCUGUUUCUCAGCUAGAAUUCCCUCUUUCUUUUAAAGAAACAAGUCUUUCGGGGUUUUAGUGGCAGCAAAUAGAUUAGGUAUCACUCUUGGUUUCCCCUCUGUCUGCGACUUCUGCAGUUCUUGCGGAUUUGCCCAAAAUUACUGAGCCAGCUUUGUGGCUCAGUUUUGUGUUCAGACUUAAAAGCAAACAAACAGCCAACCAGUGCUGGGAAUUGCUUGCAUCUCCCUGAAUGCCUUUGGCUAUGGAGACAAAAUCUCCUUUCUCGUUGCAGGAGAAGCUCACGUGUCCAGUGGUGCUACUGCUCUUGUGCCAUGGGGUGAGCAGUUUCUACGUGCCGGGGGUGGCACCCAUCAACUUCCACCAAAAGGAUCCUGUAGAAAUAAAGGUAGGUUGGUGAUGUGGUUGACCAUUUGAAUACAGUGGACGCUCGGGUUGCAAACGUGAUCCGUGCGGGAUGCACAUUCGCAACCUGCAGCGUUCGCAACCCGCGUCUGCACACGCGUGGGUUGCGAUUCGGUGCUUCUGUGCAUGCGCAAAUUACGAUUUAGCGCUUCUGUGCAUGCGUGACCGCCGAAACCCAGAAGUAACCCGUUCCGGUACUUCCAGGUUUUGGCGGUCCACAACCCGAAAAAACGCAACCUGAAGCGGCUGUAACCCAAGGUAUGACUGUACACACACCAAGUGUGUGUGUGUGUGAAAUAAUAAUUAACAGUGGUACUUAUGGCAGCCUGGAAAACCAUUAGUUAGCUAUAUUUGCGAAACAGUAAUAAUGCCUUUUUAAAAAAGGAUGAUUUAUUACGUUAAACAUUUUGUACUUUCCUUCCCCCAUAAGAGCUCAGAGUGGAAUACAUAGGUUUAUUAUUACUUAUUAUUUUAUUUUUAUUACAUUUAUAUCCUGGCCUUCCUCCCAAAGUCGCCCAGUGUGGUGUGUCUCAUAACAUCCUCCUGCUCUCGCGUUGGGCUGAGUUUCUGUGAGACUGGCUUGAUGCCAUCUAAUGAGUGAGGGUUGCCUUCCAGUUUGGAGAUGCUUGUAGCUCUAGCCGGCAGGAGAAGUGUCUGCUGUGCAUCUAAGUUGGCCCCAACUGCCGUAGGGCUAGCGAGCAAGCUGCCCUUAGGAAAGGGCUCGCUAAUGGAAUUGUAAGGAGAAAAGGUACCUAUGACCACGAUCAAACAAUACAUGAUCAGCCAGCAAUAUUUGACAGUUCGGUUGGGCCAUUUGUGAACCCUGGUGGGAGCCUUGAAGGAGCUGAGAGCGCUUUGCAAAGUAGUGACAGCAUUGCCAAGGAAUGUUUUCUUGAGCCGUGGCUUUCAGACACCCAUGAGAGGAAUACAUCUCUCACGCCCUACAACAUGAGCUGCUAACAUGGCACCCACGGGUGCAUGUGGGCCUUCAAAGUCUCUUCGUGGUGCUGCAAGGUCUGAUCCCCCAAGCCUGUUUGUGGUGUGGGGAUACAGCUGAUCAGGGGAGAGUUGACUCCCAUCAUCCCUGACCAUUCGCCAUGGUGGUUGGGGCUGAUGGGAAUUGGAGUCCCACAACAUCCAAAGGGCCACCACGCUGAUUUCCCUUCCUCUAAAGUCUGUGUAGAUAUGCCUGGCAAAAGAGAGAGUGCAAGAGAAAGGGCAAAGGGACAUUUACUUAAAAAAAAACAAAAACUGGGAAUCAUGUUGCAGUAAAACUGCAUCCCAAACCUGAAAAUGUUGAAGUCUGUUCUAAAGUGUUGUAGAAAUGCUGAAUGCCCUGUGAAUCCUUUUAAAGAAUUGUAGGUUCCAUUCCCGUAAUGUUUUCCUUGCAGCUAUAACAAACUGAAAACCACAGUGGUUUCCUCUGUCUGUGCCUCAGCAUUUUUGAGGGGUGUGGGUAGGGUCAAGUACUACAGGAAGUUAAGUUCUCCAAGAACAUUAAUACAUGGUUCUGUGGUUGCUUGCAGCCUCUUGGGGGCGGGUCACACAUAGGCUCAAACCUUCCGGGGCCUCUUUGUUUUUGUUUUUUUACUAAAGCUGUGGGCUUUAUCUUGCCAUGUAAGCUUCCACACCGAUGCCAGCAAGGUUUGGCAAGUCCUGCAGAGCAUAAAAACAUUUUUACGCGGCCAAGCCCUGGUGUCUCGAUGGCCAUAUCCUGUCUUGUAUGUUUCCUCUGUGUUACAUAAUCUAUCUCCGUGGAAGGGGUACAACUGGUCCAGUUGUAAAGGUGGAAACUAGGGAACUUCCUUCCCUCUUGGUAGUGCUGGAACAAUGAAUCUGAUAAUCCCCUUGUUUUUCCAGGCUGUGAAGCUCACCAGUUCACGAACACAGCUACCUUAUGAAUAUUACUCCUUACCUUUCUGCCAUCCUCAGACAGUCACAUAUAAAGCUGAAAAUCUAGGUAAGGGCACAGAGUCCACCACAUUUCUUUGCGUACUUUGGUGUCUGUGGUUGACUGCAGGAUCCGUGCACUGUGUACAUGAAGUGGGGGCACCCAUUCCAGCCCUUUCCCCAAGGCCCUGGCUCCAGCAUAUUGCAGUCUCCCCUUGCUUUACUAUUGCCUGUACUCUAGAAUGCAGUGGGCAACCAGUUAUUCAUUUGGGCUGACGCUCUUUCACUCUCCUUGCGUGGAAUGCUUUAAUCAUGCGGGGUGGAUCUCUCUAGGGAAACUGGUAGUUUCUAAAGUGAGGGAUGAGGUGCCAGUUCCACCCAGAUUGCCUGGUAAAGAAGAAUAAAGUAAGCACAUGGUCCUCCCAAUAUCACGGAUGGUAUAUUCCAGUGGUUCCCAAACUGUUUUGGGCCACCGCCCCUUGGUUCCAUAAAGUGAUCCCAGUGCCCUCUAUCCUAGGAAAAGCAUUAUUCAGAAUGGCCGUUUGCAUGACCCGCUAAGGAAGAUAAUAACACUAUAAAAUUCAAAACAGUAACAAUUAAUUUCACAUUUAUUCCAAAUCCAGUUGAAACUAUUUAGCUGAGUUAAUUCAACAAUAGCAGUGAACUGGAUUCGGUGAUACCAGCUAUUCAAAAUACGAUUGCCAUUUACACCCCCAGCGCCCUCCUGCUACCCACUUGCCUCUUAGUGCCACCCCCAGGUAAUCCCCCCCCCCCGCAGGGGUGGUCCCAUCCCCUUUGGGAACCACUGGUGUGUUUGGAUUAUUUAACCUCUAAAGCUGCCUUGUCCUGAAUCGGACCAUUGGCCCAUCUAGAAGAGCGAUGGGGAACCUGUGUCUUUCCUGAAGUUGCUGGAGGGCAACUCCCAUCAUCCCUGACCAUUAACCAAGGUGACUGUGGCUGAUGGGAGUCAUUGAAAUCCAAAAACUUUUGGAAGGCCAGAGGCUCCUGGCUCCUAAUCUUGCCCAGUAGAGUCUGUUCCAGCUGUCAGCUUGAGAUGUUAACAGCAGGAGAUGCCAAAGUUUGAAGGCUAGGGGUUUGUUCUGCCACUCACUGCUGUGAGCUCUCAUUCCCAUUCUCCCUGCCUGCCUUUCAUUUGCAGGUGAGGUCCUUAGAGGGGACCGGAUCGUCAACACGCCAUUCCAGGUUUUCAUGAACGUUGAGAAGAAGUGCGAGGUCUUGUGCGAAUCCCCCAGCAAGCCUGUAACCUUGACCAAGGAAGCGAGCAAGCUGAUCGCCGAACGGAUCCAGGAGGAAUACUAUGUCCACCUGUGAGUCUCUGUCCUCUGAGCAUGAGACAGAGCAACUCAGUGGGAGUCCUCCUUGCUUAUGGCGAGUCAAGGAGGGGCCCUCUGGGUGGCAGCAGUGGGCAAGUAGCUCUGACUCGAGGGCUUAUCUUUGCAGCAUCGCCGACAACCUGCCUGUGGCCACGCGGCUGGAGUUCUACUCGAACCGCGAGGAGGAAGAGAAGAACAAGGAGAAAGACAUACAGUUUGAGCAUGGCUAUCGGCUCGGGUUCAUGGACAGCCGCAAGGUGAGGAUUCUUCUUCUUCUUCUUCUUCUUCUUCUUCUUCUUCUUCUUAUUAUUUAUUAUUUAAACCCAGCCACUCUGGGCGGCUUCCAACAAAGUAUUAAAAUACAGUGGUCUGUUGAACAUUAAAAGCUUCCCUAAACAGGGCUGCCUUCAGAUGUCUUCUAAAAGUAUGGUAGUUGUUCUUCUCUUUGACAUCUGGUGGUAGGGCGUUCCACAGGGCGGGUGCCACCACCGAGAAGGCCCUCUGCCUGGUUCCCUGUAACUUGGCUUCUCGCAGCAAGGGAACCGCCAGAAGGCCCUCGGAGCUGGACCUCAGUGUCCAGGCAGAACGAUGGGGGUGGAGACGCUCCUUCAGGUAUACUGGACCGAGGCCGUUUAGGGCUUUAAAGGUCAGCACCAACACUUUGAAUUGUGCUCGGAAACGUACUGGGAGCCAAUGUAGAUCUUUCAAGACCGGUGUUAUGUGGUCUCAUUGGCUACUCCCAAUCACCAGUCUAGCUGCCACAUUCUAGAUUAGUUGUAGUUUCCGGGUCACCUUCAAAGGUAGCCCCACGUAGAGCGCAUCGCAGUAAUCCAAGCGGGAGUUAACUAGAGCUUGGGUCUCAGCCAGCGUGCCAGGUGGAGCUGGUAGACAGCUGCCCUGGACACAGAAUUGACCUGCGCCUCCAUGGACAGCUGUGAGUCCAAAAUGACUCCCAGGCUGUGCACCUGGUCUUUCAGGGGCACAGUUACCCCAUUCAGGACCAGGGAGUCCUCCACACCUGCCCACCUCCUGUCCCCCAAAAACAGCACUUCUGUCUUGUCAGGAUUCAACCUCAAUCUGUUAGCCGCCAUCCAUCCUCCAACCUGUGCUUUUGCCUGGAGAAGGGAGGGGAUGGUUCAGGGGUGCCACAACAGCACGGACCCUCUGAAUUUUACUUGUAGGCACCUGUUUCAGUUGUUGUGUAAAAUAAAGCAGAGACCACAGCAGCUCCCUUUAAAGCACACUUUAUUUUGCAUUGUAAUAUUGAAUGUACCAACCAUAGGCCUUUGAACUUUGCUGUGAAUGUUGUAUGGAAAUCUGAGUAUGGAAAUCUGCCAAAGUAUUCGAGCUGCCUGGACACUAAGCCUGCCCUCUCCUUCCUGCCCUCUGGAGAUCAGGUGACACAUAGGCUGGUAAAUGUGUGAGAUCUGAGAAUUACUGUUUAUUUGUCAGGCACCUAAAGUUUUUCCUUCUGUGCUGUACAAAGAUUUCCGUGCUGUACGGGGAUUUUAAAAAGCCAAAUGCUGACAGGCUUGCAGUCUGUUACGCCCCAUACAAAAGAGGAAGCCUGGAUUUUGAGAGCCAAAUAAAUAUUAGCCCUAUGGUUUGAUAUGGGCAAUUUAUUCUAAUUUCCAAAUUCUGAAUUAUCUUCUGCCGGGGGCAGCAUCCUAAAUGGGUUAUUUAACUUGCACAAUCACAGCUUAACACGCUGGGCGGCUAGCCAGCUGCGAAUGCACAAAUUAAAUGCACACAAGAUGGAUUUUCCAUGCUGGGUUUUCCUGCUGCGGAAAGCACUUUUAAGCUCUCUGGCUUGCUUUUGGGGCUCUGGGAGGCUCUUGCAUGAGACCUAGCAGGCGCCUCCCAGAGCCUCAUAAGCAAGUCAGAAAGCUUAAAUGCUCUCCGCCUUGCAUGGUGGGCAAGGCUCACUCAGUGUGUUGGCACUGGAACGGUAGGGGUGGUUCUGGCUAUGUGUGAUAACAGCUUUACACACAAUCCCUGGAACCCACCCCCAGGGCAGGUUGUGAGUCUGUAGUUUGAUGUACAGUGGUACCUCUGGAUGUGAACGGGAUCCGUUCCGGAGCCCCGUUCGCAUCCUGAGCAGAACGCAACCUGCACGUGCACGGGUCGCAAUUUGCUGCUUCUGCACAUGCGUGUGACGUCAUUUUGAGCAUCUGCACAUGUGCGAGAGGCAAAACCCGGAAGUAACCUGUUCCGUUACUUCCGGGUCACCACGGAACGCAACCUGAAAACGCUAAACCUGAAGCAUAUUUAACCCGAGGUAUGACUGUAGCUUCUAAUCUGUACUCCCUUAUCAUGAAGAGUUUGAGGAGAAGUGCAACACACGAAGGAGACCUCUGAGCCUGCAAACCACUUGGAGAGAUAGUGCACAUCACCCCAAUUUGUAUUUUCUUCCUCCAGGGCUUCUAACAUCUCUCUUGAUAUCCCAUCUGUUCUAGUUCUACCUGCACAACCACCUCUCCUUCAUCCUUUACUACCACAGAGAGGAUGUGGAAGAGAACCAAGAGCCCACCUACAGGGUGGUCCGCUUUGAGGUCGUUCCACAGAGCAUUAAGCUUGCUGGUAAGAGAAGAGAGCAAGGGCUUUGUGUUGACAGGGAGGACCAAGCUCUGGACUUGAAUUAAGAGGGACAUUUUGGAGAAGAAAGUACAUGUGGGAGAGGAGAUCCCAUUGUAUGAUGUGUUUGGGGUGAGGUAUGGGAGGGAGGGAGCAGCUCUUGUUCAAUAUUGAGGGCAUAGCUGUCAACUUUUCCCUUUUCUUGCAAGGCAUCCUAUUCAGAAUAAGGGAAUUUCCCUUUAAAAAAGGGAAAAGUUGACAGCUAUGCUUGAGGGUUUCUUGCAUGUUCUCUCUGGCUGGCUGUAGUCGUGGACCCACAAAGCAGGAAAAGUGCACUGAAUGGGAUCGGGAAACAGGAGCUGUUUGGGACACCAGGGAUUCCUGUUGCCUGCUACUCAAAACAACUCUCUUAUCAAUCACAGCUCCGACUUCACUCAUUGGCAAAAAAAACCCAUGGGCAGGCAGGUGCAGCCAGCCUUGUUCAUUUCACAGAAAUCGCUUAGAAGGGGACCUGCACGUUUUGCAGAGUCACUGCCGGCCAGUGCAGGUGAAGGGUGGGGAACCAUAAAUUGUUGGGACUCCAGUUUCCCUCGCCCCUGGCCAUUGGCUACACUGGGUGUGCAGCUGAUGGGAGUCCUCUAGCACCAUGGGAAGUGGGUGCAUAGGCUUCCAUCUCUGGUAUGACGGGAUCAAAGGUCUGACUCCAUGAAAAACUGUUUCAUGCGUUGCUUUUGUAGCAGGAACAUGGUAGGGAUACGUAGCUCAGGGCCAUAGCUCAGUGGCAGAGCAUCAAUCCUCAGCAUCUCUAGCAGGGUUGGGAGACAGUCUGUGUCUGAAAUUCUGGAGAGCCACUGCCAGUAGACAAUACUGAGCAAGAUGGACCAAUGGUCUUACUGUAAGGGCAGCUUCCUACAUUCCUCUGUAUGUGUUUGUGCAACCGGAGGAACAUGCGGGGCAGCGCAGCCAGAUGAUUGCCACACGAGGCUAGUUGGGGGUGAGGGGACCCCAAGCUUGUAUAGGGCCUGGGUCUUUGGAGUCAGGCUGCUUCUUCUGACGCGUGAGGUUUUUUUGCCCCCUAGAUCUGAAAGCUGACGAAAAGGGUGCCUGUGUCCUGCCUGAAGCUGCCAACUCUGCUCCUCAAGAGAUCGACCCCACGAAGGAGAACAAGCUGCUUUUCACCUACUCUGUGCAUUGGGAGGUGAGGGCCGGCUUUUUUAUUUGGGGAGGGGAGGAGGUGGAAUUGGUGUAGGGGAAAUGGUCACUGUGGGGAGAAGGUGUCCGAGGGCUGGGAAACCCUAAUUAAAAGAAGAGUGGGAGCCAGUGUUGGAACAUGGAUUUGGAGGGCCUCAGCUGUCUUUAAGGGAACUCCUUUCAUCUCCUGUACAUUUCUUUAAAAACAAGUAGGUUUCCCACCACAGGUUAAGACUCAACAGGAGAAAGCUUGCUUCAGGUGCCACCUUCGAAGAAAAAUCAUGGAGUCACAAAAACACCCUCCCCCAGGUCCCAGCCAGCAUGCGCUGAUGGAAGCUGCAGUCCAAGGUGUCAGGAGGGCGCCAUGUUGAAGAAGCAGAGCUUUUUAGGGGGUGGCACCCACCUUGUGAAAAGCCCUGCUCCAUUUCAGCCUUUGGGGAACCAGUUAGGGCAUUUCUGGCUGGUGUGCCUUUUUGUCCCCUAGUCUGCUGCUUUGGAAUUUGGCGUGACUUGCCUUUUCGUGUCGUUUGUUUAUUUAUUUAUGUACAAGAUUUAAAUCCCUGUUUCUGUCAAGUGAAUUGUAGCAUGAACUUAGCAGCCUUUAGACCUCUGGCUGAUGCAUGGGCCCAGAGUUUGCAGUCCCAGGGAAUCUUGUUGGUUGGAGCUGAAUGUACAUGCUAACAGGGAAGUGAGCAGAGGAGAUCCCAGGUCCCUGCAAUUGCUCCUUCCCCGGUCAACAGAUGGAGCCGAGCUGAUCUUUUCUUGAUCUUUAGGAUUAUUGUCUUGCUUUCUUCUUGGGCAGCGGGGUGUGUUUGUGUUUACAUCCAGUGCCAGUCAUGCUCUGAGUAGACCCACUGAAAUCCAUGGGCAUGGCUAGCUUGGGGCCAUUAAUUUCUGAGUGGAACCUAGUUGAAUACAACUCCUGUGAGUUAUUUCUUUAUUCAUAAAGCACUGAUUUGCAGAAAAGCAAAUGCCCCACUUACCCCUUUGCCUCAACUUUCCAUCUCCAGCGUGGGAAUAAUAGUGGACCAACUCAAUUAACCUACUAACUAGCUAAACUUCUCCUAUAGGAAAGCGACAUCAAAUGGGCUUCUCGCUGGGACACUUACCUCACAAUGAGUGACGUGCAGAUCCAUUGGUUCUCCAUCAUUAACUCGGUCGUGGUCGUGUUCUUCCUUUCGGGUAAGAGAGAAGCCAGGGGUUUUUGUUGGGUGGAGAGGGGUGAUCUUGCCACUAUACGGUAGGAAAAGAGACUGGACACUGGUGGCGCUGUGGGCUAAACCACAGAGCCUAGGGCUUGCCAAUCAGAAGGUCGGUGGUUUGAAUCCCCGCAACAGGGUGAGCUCCCGUUGCUCAGUUCCAGCUCCUGCCAACUUAGCAGUUUGAAAGCACAUCAAAGUGCAAGUAGAUAAAUAGGUACCGCUCCGGCGGGAAGGUAAACGGCGUUUCCUUGCGCUGCUCUGGUUUGCCAGAAGCGACUUAGUCAUGCUGGCCACAUGACCCAGAAGCUGUCUGCGGACAAGCGCUAGCUCCCUCGGCCAGUAAAGCGAGAUGAGCGCCGCAACCCCAGAGUCGCCCGCGACUGGACCUAAUGGUCAGGGGUCCCUUUACCUUUACCUUUACUUAAGUCGUGUAGACUCAGGUGGGCUAUCAUUUAUGUAUAUGCUGAGCGAAAGAGUAAGAAAUCAGAAAUAGUCCAGUGGGCUUGGGUUCACAUCCUACCCUCACCACCUGGCCCGAUGAUCCUGGCUGAGUCUACUACCCAUGCAGAAGGACUUUGGAAAGACUGCCUCAUAAUAAAAUAAAAGGGAAACCCUGCGCCAGUAGAAAACCCAACGCAUAAGGGCUGCAGUUUCUAGCCCACCUUUUUUCACCCUGUUGGGGAGCCCUUGGUGUAGAAACACAGUCUCAGGCCUAGAAGGGCACGUUCCGCUCUGCCUCCUCUUUCUGCUUCAUAGGUAGACUCUGAAACACUGUGAGGGUAUUGCAAGGAGGAUUGGAAGCUGGUUGUAAAUAUGUACUGAAUGCUUCUGGCACCCGGUCUGGUCACAGUGGUUUUCUUCACCAGCAACUUGUGUGUCCGUCAGUGUCCUUAGCUGCUUGUCUUUGCUCAGUGCCUGGUGCCUGUGUCUCAGUUUUGCUGCCUGCAGAUGGGGUUGAGCUACAGCAGGGCCGGUUUGUGCCUUGCUUUCCCUUCAGUUGUGGCCAAGCAGUGUAGGGUAAGGGCCACAGUCCAUGCUGCACCCUGUAUGUGCCACUUCCUCAGCAUGCCUGUGUCUUUGGGCAACUCACCGGUCCUGCGCACUGGAUGGAAACUGCUGCAAGCAAUUUUGUGGUUCUGCAUGAGGGCAGGCAGAGGCACAAGUCUUCCCUUUGACCCGUUUUGGAAGGGAGGAGCGCCCCCUGGUGCACAACGAGAGCAUUGCAAGAAAUAAGGGAUGUAGUGGUUAUUUUUUUUAAAAAAAAAUAAGAAUAUGUUCAAUAAGCAUUAUCUGCUUAGAAUGGAAUGGAAUGGAAUAGAAUAUAACCUUUAGAAGACAUAUGAACACAACCCUGUACAGUGGACGCUUGGGUUGCGAACGUGAUCCAUGCGGGAUGCAUGUUCGCAACCCGCAGCGUUCUCAACCCGCGUCUGUGCUGUUUACCUGGUUGAAAAGAGGUGUAAGGGUAUUAACACUGGUGUGAUCAUAAUAAAGUCCUAGGAGUUACAAGGGUUAUAACUUAAUCUUGAGUAUAUCCCAGAACAGGUAUAGAUCCCUCUGGCUUCCUUUACUUGGCUACCUUGCUUUUCUUCCCUCCUCCCCUUGGGCCCCACUGCCCAACAUGGCAGCCCAUGAAAGAGACACUUUUAAAAUGCCUCUGAAGAGGAAAAGAAUGGCUUGCACUGAAAUCAACCCCCCUGCUCUCCAAGGUUCUGUCCAUGUGGCGACUUCCUCUGCUUUUGCUGCGGCCCCAUGUGUGUUAGCAGAAGGUGUGAGAAAAUGUGAAAAUGAAUACUUGUAGGAGCAGCAGCACCUCCUUUGGUGCAGGGGACUCAAAAGUGCAAUUCUUGCUGUGAGAACCCAACCUCGCCCCCCAUUGCUACUGUCUGAGGACAUGUGGGCAGAUGUGGACUGUGGGGGACUCUGUGUCGACUGACGCAUCACUCCUCAUGACCCUCUUCUCCUGUAUGCUGCUGGCUUGCAGAUGCUUAGGUGCUCAAUGGAAUAAACUGCAGUUCAUUCAUUCCAGGUCUUAUUCGUUUCAGGUAUUCUCAGCAUGAUCAUCAUCCGGACGCUCCGGAAGGAUAUUGCCAACUACAACAAGGAAGAUGACAUUGUACGAGAAGCAUGAUGUGCUUGGGGCUGGCAGGUGGGGUGGGGUGGAGAGGGAGUGGGGACCCUUCCUUGCAUCUUGAGAACGUUCCCAGACUCUCCUUUUGAGAAGGGUAGAGGGGAGGUAGCCAAGGAAAUGGGUAGAGAAUGUAAGAGGAGCUCAGCUGGAUUAAAUCCGACUUUAUUCAGCACUGGGUUUCUCAUAACACUGGUCUUGAAAGACCUACAUCGGCUCCCAGUAUGUUUCCGAGCACAAUUCAAAGGGUUGGUGCUGACCUUUAAAGCCCUAAAUGGCCUCGGCCCAGUAUACCUGAAGGAGCGUCUCCACCCCCAUCAUUCUGCUUGGAUACUGAGGUCCAGCGCCGAGGGCCUUCUGGCGGUUCCCUCACUGUGAGAAGCAAAGUUACAGGGAACCAGGCAGAGGGCCUUCUCAGUGGUGGCGCCCGCCCUGUGGAACACCCUCCCACCAGAUGUCAAAGAGAACAACAACUACCAGACUUUUAGAAGGCAUCUGAAGGCAGCCCUGUUUAGGGAAGCUUUUAAUGUUUGAUGCAUUACUGUGUUUUGAUAUUUUGUUGGGGGCUGCCCAGAGUGGCUGGGGAGGCCCAGCCAGAUGGGCAGGGUAUAAAUAAUAAAUUAUUAUUAUUAUUAUUAUUAUUAUUAUUAUUAUUAUUAUUAUUAUGUCAGCCAGGCGGGUGCCUCUGGGAAGCCCAUUGGAGCAAGGCUGAACCUGGAGGUAGCACAUAGCUAUAUUGUCCAGUAGCCACCUGGUCACUUUCUGCUGUUCACCUGACCGAUCCCUUUUUUAAAGCGCUGCUGUGUCUUGUGGCAUCAAAUUCCAUAGCUAGUGAUGUGGGUAGAGAGUCCCUUGCUAGUCCAGAGUUCAUACUGGGGCUUAACCACUUAACGGCCUGCCUUCUCAUUCCUUGCUGGGGUGAAACACUUUUCAGGUGCAGGCAGUAACCAGAAGGCCUUAAGGUUUUGUGAAAUGUGGUGACUCACUGCAAGGAGGGGAGAUCCUUUGGGGAGGGGAGGACAUGCUCUGUACAUCUCUGUGGCAGUGGGGAGGGGGGAGAGAAGGGGCAGUCCCUUUUGUGGGGCUUGAUUUCAAUCCCCCUGUGUGUCGAUUUUCCCUGCAGGAAGACACCAUGGAGGAAUCUGGGUGGAAGCUGGUGCACGGUGAUGUGUUCAGGCCGCCUCAAUAUCCCAUGAUCCUCAGCUCCCUCCUGGGCUCCGGAAUCCAGCUCUUUUGCAUGAUCCUGAUUGUUAUUUGUGAGUAUCCCACCCGGGGAGCCUGGGGGUGCUUCUUUGGGAAAAGGGGGCAGGGGAGAAGAGACUCUACAGGCUAAGGAGGAAACUACAACUAAUCCAGAAUGCGGCAACUAGACUGGUGACUGGGGGCGGCCACCGAGACCACAUAACACCGGUCUUGAAAGACCUACACUGGCUCCCAGUACAUUUCCGAGCACAAUUCAAAGUGUUGGUGUUGACCUUUAAAGCCCUAAACGGCCUUGGUCCUGUAUCCCUGAAGGAGCAUCUCCAACCCCAUCAUUCAGCCCGGACACUGAGGUCCAGCGCCGAGGGCCUUCUGGCAGUUCCCUCGCUGCGAGAAGCAAAGCUGCAGGGAACCAGGCAGAGGGCCUUCUUGGUAGUGAUGCCCACCCUGUGGAAUGCCCUCCCACCAGAUGUCAAAGAGAUAAACAACUACCUGACAUUUAGAAGACAUCUGAAGGCAGCCUUAUUCAGGGAAGUUUUUAAUGUGUGACAUUUUAAUGUAUUUUUCAUCUUUGUUGGAAGCCGCCCAGAGUGGCUGGGGAGACCCAGCCAGAUGGGCGGGGUACAAAUAAAUUAUUAUUAUUAUUAUUAUUAUUAUUAUUAUUUUCAUGACUGCUCACUAACCCACUUCAAGCCUGUUUGAAAAAACAAGUGGGGAUAGAAAAGUUGAAAAAUAGUGCCGCGGUGAACAAAUGUGCUUUGUGAAUACUCAGCAAAGCACACACCCCUUCUCCGUGUGCAAGGGCUCUCUUUGAAUUCUGGCAGGUUGGCUUUCUGCAGUGGAGUAUUGGUUUGUGAGUGGUGGGUCUUAAUCCUCCUUGCCUUGCCUUUCAGUUGUGGCCAUGCUGGGGAUGCUGUCUCCCUCCAGCCGAGGUGCCCUGAUGACCACAGCCUGCUUCCUCUUCAUGUUCAUGGGGUAAGUGGUGUGGCUUGUCCUUUGCAUCAGCCACCAUCCCUCUGCCUGACCUGUGAUGGGAGGUAACGGUUUCUCCUCUCUGUGUCCUCUGCACUAGGGUUUUUGGUGGUUUCUCUGCUGGCCGACUCUAUCGGACACUGAAAGGCCACCGGUGGAAGAAAGGGGCUUUCUGCGUAAGUGAUACUGAUCUUCACAAACCCCAAGGGACUUGGGAAAGUGUGUGAGGGCAAACUGCAGAGCCUCAUUUGUUUCUGAUGAUGAGAUAACCACUGUGGCUGUUGGAAGGGGCCCUGGCAUAACCUUGGGAUAGAGUUGCUGGGGGUGUGAUGCCUUGGAAUCUGACUUUUGCAUUACAACAAAAAACAGGCAUAAUAGAAGAAAUCAGGCUUUGGACAGGGAUAAGGGGCACAGCGAAAAUGAUUUCUUUCUGCCGCCGCCUGUUUUAUUUAUCGUUGGUGGGUUUUAUGAUAUUGAUUUAUUUUGUUCUAGAUUUUUAUUGGGACGUGGGUGGCGCUGUGGGUUAAGCCACAGAGCCUAGGACUUGCUGAUCAGAAGGUCGCGACGGGGUGAGCUCCCGUUGCUUGGUUCCUGCUCCUGCCAACCUAGCAGUUCAAAAGCACGUCAAAGUGCAAGUAGAUAAAUAGGUACCACUCUGGUGGGAAGGUAAACGGCGUCUCCAUGAGCUGCUCUGGUUCGCCAGAAGCGGCUUAGUCAUGCUGGCCACAUGACCCAGAAGCUGUACGCCGGCUCCCUUGGCCAAUAAAGCGAGAUGAGCGCCGCAACCCCAGAGUCGAUCACAACUGGACCUAAUGGUCAGGGGUCCCUUUACCUUUAGAUUUUUAUUAGUAUUUCUGAUUAUAAUGUUGCUUGCCACCCUGGGGCUUCAGAGUCAAGAGAGGACUACAGAUUUCUUAAAUAAAUAAGUUGUAUUUGGCUGUUUGAAUAACUCAUGCAGCUUUGCAGGUCCCUGCUGCUUUUGCUUCUGACUGACUUGGCAAGGCCUGGCUGCUUCUCCACAUCAAAUCUUGUGUUUAGUCUCUGCUCUGGGACUUCACUGUUUGCUCCUGGGAUGCUUUCAGGCUUUUACCCCACAGCAUCAGGAAUGCAAAUUGAGAUGAGGAUGAUUCCUAGCAUUUUAGGUAGGUGGGUGGGUAGGUAGAUAGGUAGCAAUUUUAUGUGUUUAUUGCUGGAAGUCUCUUUUGAUAAAACUGAAAGGAAGUACCUUUGAGCGUGCAGAGACUUUGCACUCCUUCUCCCGUUGCAAUCUUUACAACAAUCCCGUGUGGCUGGUCAAUAUUGUUAUCACCGUGUUGCUGUUGGCAUGCACCCAAGGAAACAGGGGCAAUUGGCAGGCCCCCAGCUGGCUCCAGCCCACCGGCCGGUGUGCCGGGCGAACUCCAGUCCUUGGUGCAGCAUAAAUCUGCAACCCAGGCUUUAGAAGACGGAGCAUGCUAUUCAGCAGAGAAACGCUGCGCAAACAGAAGUGGCAGGAGAGACUGUGUGAGCAUAUUUACAAGCAGGUUUAUUCAGCGUAGAUCAGGACAAAAGGAAACAUGUCUGAUCUCCUUCGUGCCCAAAGCAAAACAGAAAGCUGUACACAAACGGAAGUUCCCAGCAUGCAAUGCUGGUGUGUGUUACAGACAUGGGACACGCAACAGUCCCAUGUCUGUUCCUUAAGAUGGAAUGGAACAUCCCAACAGUUGCAGGUGCUGAAGCAGUGUGUGUUGAGGGGACUAAUCUGUGGCAGAUCUGGAAUUUGAAUGGGGGCUUUGUGAGUCAUAGCUUGGUCUGUGGAUCACCGGCUCUCGCAGGGGCUCUCAGGCUGCUGCCUUCUGCGCCUGGUGCUGUGAAGUGGCGUAGGAACUGCAUUAGGUUCCUUGGAUGAGCCUUGCUGACACCGUCUGCCACUGUCAUCAUCCAGUCCUUUCUUUUCUCCUUGCAGACAGCCACCCUGUACCCAGGAGUCGUCUUUGGGAUAUGCUUCAUCCUGAACUGUUUCAUCUGGGGCAAACACUCGUCGGGAGCGGUAUGUAUCUUCCCAGCUCUCUUUGCUCUCUCUGGAAACACUUGGCUCGGUCUACUCUUUUCUAACUCUUACAUUCAUAAUUUGUGUGUGUUUAUAUGUUCUGAGACAUAAGAAAUGUUGGUUAGCUCCUUUUAAGCUCCUCAUAUCCUUUGCCUUCCCUAAUAUACACAUAGGGACGCAGGUGGCGCUGUGGGUUAAACCACAGAGCCUAGGGCUUGCCGAUCAGAAGGUCGGCGGUUCGAAUCCCCAUGACGGGGUGAGCUCCCAUUGCUCCGUCCCAGCUCCUGCCAACCUAGCAGUUCGAAAGCACAUCAAAGUGCAUGUAGAUAAAUAGGUACCGCUCUGGCGGGAAGGUAAAGGGCGUUUCCGUGCGCUGCUCUGGUUCGCCAGAAGCGGCUUAGUCAUGCUGGCCACAUGACCCGGAAGCUGUACGCCGGCUCCCUCGGCCAGUAAAGAGAGAUGAGCGCCUCAUCCCCAGAGUGUUCUGCGAUUGGACCUAAUGGUCAGGGUCCCUUUACCUUUACCAAUAUACACAUGCUGCUACUACUACUACUACUACUACUACUACUACUACUACUACUAAUUUGUUUCUUGUAUCCCCACCCAUCUGACUGGGUUGCCCCAGCCAUUCUGGGCAGCUUCCGACAGAAUAUAAAAGAACAUAACAAAACACGAGACCUUAAAAGCUUCCUGAUACAUUCUGUGAAAUUAUCUCCCUCCCCUCAGGCCCCACCCCCAAGAGGAUGCUGCCAUUUCUGUAGCUAUUAAAAAAGACAUUUAAGAACAAUUUUCUAAAUCUUGAUUUUUCCAAAAUAUUCUGUGAAAUACGCAAGCAGGACACAUUUUGAACAUUAGGAAUUAGGAAACCGCGUUAGCUGUCUGGUGUUGCAUUCAUUUCCCCCCCUGGCAGGCAGGUUCUCUUAGACUCACCUUCACCAAUCUGGUGUCUUCCAGAUCAGGGAGCCCUUUCUGGCUGGUGGACGAGAUCCUUAUCUCCUGGCUGCUCCUGGGCCAAAUUUGGCAGAUGUGCAGAGCCCGGGAUCCAGUUGUGCCGGCCACACCAGUCUUUUCAAGUGCUUUUGCCCAGCAGGGCGUUUGUCUUUGAACUGUGACAAUGCCUCUUGCCUGCCAGGUUGGGGAGAGGGGUGUGUGGCUGUAACCGUGCAUGGAAACCCCUGGCUUUUAUGUGGGCAACUGCUCCAAAAAAAUAAAAUAAUCUCACCUGUUUCUCUAGCUUCACUGCCAUUAUUAUGUGGUCCCCCAAAGGUUUCCCAGCAGGGAAUGAGGUGCUUGGACUGCAAAAGGUUCCCCACUCCUUCUCUAAAGAAAUGCUAGGCCAUAGUAUCCGUCUUGAUGCUCUGGGGCAAAGGGGUGGCUCCAGGUACAUCUUGCCUUGCCAGGUCCCGUUCAGCUAUUGCCGUACCUUCUGCCAGCCACCCGUUCUAAGAGUUGGGUUGCCGUUUGCAGGUCCCUUUCCCCACCAUGGUGGCUCUCCUUUGCAUGUGGUUCGGCAUCUCCUUGCCCCUAGUCUACCUGGGAUACUACUUUGGAUUUCGCAAGCAGCCUUACGACAAUCCUGUGCGGACCAAUCAGAUUCCAAGGCAGAUUCCGGAGCAGAGGUGGUACAUGAAUCGAUUCGUCGGGUGAGUGACCCAGAAAACCCUUUCCUGCGCAGCUGGGCCAAAUGACUGUUGGGUAGCUCUUUCUUUUCUUUUUUGGGGGGAUCAGUGAGCAAGUUGCUGCAGAAAAGUUUGGAAAGAUCCUUAGGCCCUUCCACUGCCAGCUCAGGCAGUAAAGCAUGAGACUCUCUGGGUCAUGGGUUCAAAUUCCACAGGGCAGAAAGAUUCCUGCUCCUCAGAUGGAUGAGCCAGAUGACCCUUGGGGUCCCUUCCAACUCUACAAUUUUAGGAUUUGAUGAUUCUAAAUAGGAGCUGGAGCACUGAUGCUGCUGCUGGGUUUGGGAUGACGUUCAGUUGAGAUACCCAGAAUUUGAUGGCUCCGUCUAAGGGCUUAUUUCUAAAAGGAUGUGUUGUUCCGUUGCUGGAAGGGAAGGCUUUCUAGUGAUGGCAAGCAGUUCUGCCUCUCGGACGGCUUGUCAUGUAUAAUCAUAGUUUAGAGGUACCGGGCCCUAAGGAAGUUAGACUAUCCUUCACCAGGACCAGGGCCUUCUCAGUCAUGGCUCCGACCUGGUGGAAUGCUCUGUCCCAUGAGACUGGGGCCCUGCAGGAUUUAACUUCCUUCUGCAGUGACUGUAAGACAGAGCUAUUUCGCCUGGCUUUCAAUUUGAACUUAGCCUGAUCUUUUAUUCCCCUCCCUUCUUUCCCUCCCUCUCCCCUUUUUAUGAAGAUUACCUGCUCUGGGAUCCCACAGCUAAUUCUCCCCUGGUCUCCUCGCUGGCCCAAAUAGGACUAAUUUAGCCAGCUAGCCCUGGUGAUCAUCUAAUGUUUAUUGGAUGGUUUUUCCCCCUAAAUUGACUUUUGAAUUCUGAAUUUAUUAUUCACGUUUUAUACUGUAUUUUAUGCUGUUUUUUGUUGCAUCAAUUAGGUGUUUUAAAUUUGUUGUUAGCCGCCCUGAGCCCGGUUUUCUGAACCGGAAAGGGCGGGGUAUAAAAAAAAAAUUAUUAUUAUAUUAUUAUAUUGCUGCCACCACCAGCACCCCAGUCAGCUGGAUCAUCUGCAGCCAACCAGGGUGGGGCUCAGGCACUUUGAGUGGCAGAAAAUGAAAAGAUGGUAACUGUAGCUCAGUGCCAGAUCAUAUGUUUUGGAGCCAGGUGAUGCCAGGUUCAGUCCGGGUCAUGUCCUGUUGAAAGGGUCUUGGAUUACAGAGUUCAGAAAGCUGCUGUCUGUCAGUUUUGUCACCAACUCUGUGCUGGAUGGCUCAAAAUGCUGAUGGUACGAGGGAAGCUUCCUAACUUUCUUACAGCCCCAGAGCUGGAAUAGAUGGGAACAUAGACUUACGGAUGGCCACUCCCCAUAGUAACCGAAUGAAAUACUAGUUUCUGGGGGAGGAAAAGCAGCCUAGAGCUGUUGCCUUCAGGCCCUGCUUGUGGGCUUCCUGGAAGCGGCUGGCUGGCUGUUGUCAGAAACUGUGCUUGACUAGAUGGCCUUGGAUCUUAUCCAGCUGGCCUGCUCUUAGGUUUGCAAUGUGUGCAGCCCUAACUAGCAUUACUGGAUCUACAGCUGCUCCUACAGUAACCAAAUUCUGUCUCUCAUCUUUAGGAUCCUUAUGGCUGGAAUUCUGCCUUUCGGAGCCAUGUUCAUUGAACUUUUCUUCAUCUUCAGCGUAAGCGCCAUUGCUGCUCUCUUCUUUUCUAACAUGGGCUUUCCAGAGAGAUGCACCAUAUGCCUUUUAAAGAGUGGUGUUGGGAUGGGGUCUGUCAGAACAAACAGGACUUUUAUUCAGCUCAGAUCUGGCACCUCUCAAGUGGUUGCCAUUGCUAUUCUAAGAGAACCAGGGAGAAGUUAAUGGUGAGCUCCAGCCCCUCUUUUUCUAGAAAAAUAGCACUGAGAACAAGAGUGUUUUUGGGUGGGUGUGCACAGGAUGAAGAAUGCUUGCUGUUCCUUGUCAAGUCUUCUGGGCUUUGCACUCUAGGUUGAGAUGUGGCCCUGCAGAGCCUUCCAGUAUCAGUCGUGGCAGCCCCAGAUAUUGAGCUGCAACAUUUUGCUUCUUUAACUGUCUCCAAUUGGGGAAUGCCUUGCAAGAAGGGAUGGGUGCAAGACAGAGAUGCCUUUCAUGAGCGUAGAAUGGAUCCAGGAUCCCUUACAAUUCUCCUGAGGAAAUGGUCCAGCAGAACAGAAAAUGCAACUUAGUUCUGGGAGACCUGUCUAGAGCCAACUCGGUUACACAAGCAAUUGAAGAAUCCCCCGAUUCUUUGAGGAAAAGCCAUGGUUAAAGUGGAGAGAAUUGGCUAGAGGUUUGUGAUGUAGGUUUGCUUCGCUGCCUUUUUCUGCGAAGCGAUAAGCUUCUUGUGUAUCAAGAGCUGUCCCACCAUACUCAUGUCUCCUCCUUUGUGCACAUCUUCUUCUCUCGCAUCCAGGCAAUUUGGGAGAACCAGUUCUACUACCUCUUUGGCUUCCUCUUCUUGGUGUUCAUCAUCCUCGUGGUCUCUUGCUCCCAGAUCAGCAUCGUCAUGGUGUACUUCCAGCUCUGUGCAGAGGUAAUAGAACAGAUUAAUCCUGGGGUUGUCGUUGGGGGGUUGCAGGGAAUGGAACCCAGUUCUGCAAGGUGCCUCAAAAGGAAACAUGGAUCAGAUUUAGGCAGAGAGACAGAGCUCCUGUCCUCAAGUAUACAAGCCAGUUAAUAUAUUCAUCUGAAUUGAUCAGUAAUGCUUUUCCAGAACUGCACAAGAAAGCCAGCAUAUCCUGGAGGAAAGUCGGCUUUUCCCUGGCAUGCUAAUUUACUGUGUGCAAGGAAGGUUUUUGGCUUGUGUUUCUGCGAGGAAGAAUUUACACUUUCACGUGUCUGGAGAGUCUGGCUUCAGCUUGCAGUCUUGCCUAGUUUGAAGAGAACCGCAAAACAGUGCAAAACAGUGGAUGCCCAAACAAGACUGGGCACCUGCGAGGGUUGUUGAGAGUGCUGGCAGAAUGAUGCCGUAUGUCUUUCCUUCAUUUGGCAGGAUUACCGAUGGUGGUGGAGGACUUUCCUAGUGUCCGGAGGUUCUGCCUUCUAUGUGUUGAUUUACGCAGUCUUCUACUUUGUGAAUAAGGUACCGCUGCUAUUUUCACCAGAUCUGAAUCCUACACUCAGUAACUAUUUAUUAGGCUGCGAUAUCUGGUCAGGGAGGCUGUCGAGUGGCAAAACUUGCUGCUCUUGAGCACUUCGGGUGGGAGAUAAAUAAUUUUUUUAAAAUUUAUACCCCGCCCUUCCCGGUUCAAAAACUGGGCUAAGGGCAGCUAACAACAAAUUUAAAACAAUUAUAAAGACAGCAUAAAAUACAGUAUAAAAACAUGAAUGGCAAUAAAAUUCAAAAAUCAAUUAGAUAAUCUGCAGGGCUAGCUGGCUGAAUUGGUCCUACUUGGGCCAGCGAGGAGGCCAGGGGAGAAUUAGCUGUGGGGUCCCAGAGCGGAUGAUCUUCAUACAAGGGGAGGGGGAGGGAAGAGAAGGGAAGGGAAAUAAAAGAUCAGGCUGAAUUCGAAUUAAAGGCCAGGUGGAAUAGCUCUGUCUUACAGGCCCGACGGAAGGAGAUUAAAUCCUGAAGGGCCCUAGUCUCAUGGGACAGAGCAUUCCACCAGGUCGGAGCCAUCACUGAGAAGGCCCUGGCCCUGGUGGAUUUUCCAUGAUACACAACAUGGUUGAGGUGGGAGGCCAAGGGAGGUUCCCCCCCUGCUUUUCCUUGGGUUAGGAGGGCUACUGCAGAGGCUUUGGCGCACGCUUCCUCUGCCCUGACCUCCUCCUGGUUCUCUCUUGCAGCUGGACAUUGUCGAGUUCAUUCCUUCCUUGCUGUACUUCGGCUACACAGCUCUCAUGGUGCUGUCCUUCUGGCUCUUGACGGGGACCAUUGGCUUCUAUGCAGCCUACAUGUUUGUCCGCAAGAUUUACGCUGCUGUGAAAAUAGACUGAAGAUGCUCUGGCGCCACGUGGCACAAAGCAGCUGGUCCCCUCUGUUUCCUCCUAGGAAGGAAGUGGGGAACUCUCUCUCUCUCUCCCUCUCUCCUGUUUCUCCCAAGGAAACAAAACCCGGCUGGAGUGGGGGACACAAGGAAUAAAAAUAGUUCAAUUUUUUGGAAUGUAACCUUUGGCACAGCGUCCGUGGAAUCGGGUUUCUUGGUGGGGAGGGUGUGUAGAUAUUUUGCAUUUUAACUUUUAUCCUAUUCUGGUUAUAAGGGAUUUAUUUUCUCUCUUCUUUUUUAGCCGAGACGCAUUCCCCUCAAUGAGUAAUCUCUCUCCCUCCUCCCUUUUCGUCUGAUUCAUUUUCUGUAACGACAAUAAUAGGAGAUUGCAAUGGUUACAAAUUCACGAAUGAGUUUGGGGAAGAUUCAUCCUUUGGUGAUCGCACAGCGUAGCCUUUUGCUGUGCCUUUGCUUGGAGCAAGACGGUAGAAAGAAGGUCUGCUGCCGCCUCAUCAUGCUCCAGUUCCGGCAAGUGCAGUUUUCUCACGGAGGGCUCUCAGACUGCCUCCCCUGGGCUGCUUGAUGCUGGGAGUGUCACAGUGCAGACGGUGGCAGACACCUUUUGUCUUAGGACACUCACUUGCUUUGAACCACGAUAAACUGAUGAUGUGGAACCACUGCCUGCUGAAAAAUGGAGCGGGCCUGCAAACUGGAGGAAGGCUACUUGGAAGUCCUGGGGGAACCCCAGGGGAUUUCUCAACACUGGGAUUUGGGUGAGGUUUAGAGACUGGAAAACGUGCUCUGUUUUUCAUGUGCCAAGGAGUCCAUGGCUCAGAUGUUGGGAACUGCUGCUGUAAUGUGCAAGAGAGGGGAGGGAACUGGGAGAGCUCUGUUCCCCUGACCCCAAUGUCAAAAGAAAGGAAUUGUUCUCCCUUCCUACCCCAUUCCCCUGCACAUUUGGCCGACCCGCUUUUCUCACUUGUUCAGUUCUGUCUCUCCCUCCAGAAAUUGAAGCGCAUUGGCAGCUUUACUCUCGUCUUCUAUGUGAACUAGGUUACGUAGUCACAAGACCAAGGUUAUACUAUCAAAUUAUAUUUUAGCCAAGCACAAUGGAUCUCAGUCUCCCUUCUCAGAGACAGGAGCACCCCGCUCUCUCUCCCGCUCGUAGUGCACUGCGCAUCGCAAACGAGCCUGAAUCAAUUUACUGGGAGAUGGUUCUAAACACUUCCUUUGAUAAACAGAAACUUGCUUAUUUGUAAUCAGAAUUACAAUACUGGAAUUAUUAUUAUUUUUUCAAUUGCUGAAAAUUAGGUCUAAUUGUGGAAUGGUCUAGUUGCAGUUUUCUGCUUUAUGAACGAGCUGUUCCGGCAAAAGUGGGUAUGCCAUGGGUGGGGUGGGGGAAGGGAGGCAUGCACGGGGGGGGGGGGCAUUUUUUCCAUGGAAAAUUAAUCUCUUUGGGAACACCUAUUUAAGAUCGUUAAACAUGUAUUUGUCAUCAAUGAUGAUGCCUCUUAUGUGUGUCUUAAUUUACCUGCCCUGUGGUAACUGCAGGAAACUACUGGGGUGAGCCUGCAGACUAGCUUGCAGGCUCACAGGGAAUGAGGGGCUUGCUUGUGCAUUGCUCCUCUGCCCACCCAUUGCUUCCUUGCCCCCCCAUGCCAAAGCCACGCCAGCCACGAAUCAAGGUCUGACAAAGGGGGAGCCAUGGCACUUACUACUUUUGCUAUGGAUCCCUUGGUGAACUCUGAUCUGAGCUACCAUUAGGGUACUUGACUAGGGACUGGAGUCUACUAAUUCUGUGCACCAGCAGAAGCCGAGGUAUGGAAGAGUUCCAGCUAGUGCAACAGGCUCCACCACCCAAUGCGCCCUUGCAAUUCAUUCUGAUGAAUUGGGAGAAACCCCAGAACAGCAGGGCAGGGAGGAGGGUGGAUUGUUCCGUGUGGGAAGUAGGAAGUCUUGCGCUGACAUAAUGAUCAGAAGAGUGCAAUGUUGAUUUAUUCCCCAAGUCCUUUCUCCCCCUCCAUGAUUUUCUUUUUCCAACCUGAACUGCUCUAUCCCUGGCCUUCCACUAUGUUUCUUGUAUUUUUUAAUGUAUUGUUUGAGCCCAACUGUAAAUAAAUAUGCUGUUGUUGUCAUUGUG